CCGAAACCUUUGCUGUGCGCAACAGAGGUGAUUGCCAAACACAUACAUGUACACGUAAAUGUUCGACGGGGCGUGCAAAUGGACUCUCCGACCUUAGCUCAGCUAGCCCGCCCAGUGCACGGCUGUACAGAGUUUUGCUCAAUCGCCAAGACCAACAUACUCGGCUUGAUCGAUGAGAGCGUGCAGACUUCGCUCUUAUGUACACAAUGUCAGCAGAUCCGGACCUGGUUAGAAUCGAACUUCCAUCGCUUGAAGCAAGACCGAUUUCUGCGAACUAGACGUAAAUUUAAUCACCACGUAUCGGGCCGCGAGCUCGAGAAUUCAUACCUACAAGGCUGUCACCUCUGCACUCUCUUGUGGACUGUCUUUCUACGCCAUCAGGGAACACAGCACCUUCCCUAUUUGGCAGAUUCGUUAAGAAAGGCCAAAGACCUAGCAGUCGUCCUCAAGUCCUCGUCCAGCUGUUUCUUGUAUCUUACCGCCUCUAUGAAGAAUCCAAAUUACAAGGGCGAUCGCCUGUACCUGUCCCUGCAUUCAUCUACCAAUGGUCCGCCAGCAAAAAAGGUAUCAAAAUCCACACCGAAGAUUCCUGCGAAUGGGGUCGGCGGGGAAAUACUCACUCACGACUCAGGGGGCGGUGCGAUACGAGACUGGCUGCGUCGAAAGGCGUGCUGCGAUGCUGCAUUCGGAUCACUCCCUGUGGCAGGCUUGGUUACCCCUAUUCCAGUUCUAACGUCAUCGCUACCGCUCAAAACCUUAUCCCAUAAGGUCUUGCAACAGACCAUGAACUGGAUCAAACGUUGUGGCGCUUCACAUGCCAAGUGUAAGACUCCAACAGAUGGAGUCCUGCCAGCCAGGCUAAUCGACCUAGAGAACGUUCAACAGCUUCAGUUCGUCCGUAUUGUUCGAGUCCUUGUGCUAUCUCCACCCGACCUGAAAUAUGCAACCUUGAGUUACUGUUGGGGUGGCAAGUCCAAGCUGCAGCUGAAUAGGUCCAAUGCCUCGACCCUCGAAGUCGGAGUGUCAGUCAGUACACUCCCCAAGACGAUCCAGGAUGCCGUUCACUUCACCGCCGGAUUAGGCCUAAGGUGGCUCUGGGUCGAUUCCUUGUGCAUCGUCCAGGACUCAACGGAGGAUAUGGCGCACGAGGUUCAAUCAAUGUACGGCAUCUAUCAGAACUGUUUCAUCUCGAUCGCUGCUUUGGAUGCUAAGCACAGUGACGAAGGGCUAUACGCUUGCAGGGACCCGUUGAUGUACGCCAAAUGUGAACUGGCCCGCACCUCUAAAAAGCAGGCGAUUGUCAUCUAUUCGGGUUGCCCUCACCCUACUCUCUACAGAGUACCCCCGUUAUAUACGAGGGGUUGGGUGGUGCAGGAGCGAAUUCUCCCACCCAGAACGGUUAUUCUCGGGCGCACUGUAGCCUGGGAGUGCCGAGAGACUAGGCAGGUCGAAUUCAAUGGGGCAGGACAUGCUACUCCACUUAGCACAAUCAAAUCGGACUUCUUCAAUGCAAUCAUCGAGUCAAAAGGAAAAUUAGCAGCUACUGAUGAUGAGCUGGUCAAAAUCCGUGAAGCCUGGGGUCGCAUAUUCAGCGAGUACCUCAAGACAAAUCUGACAUUCAAGUCCGACAGGCUCGCCGCGAUAUCUGCCGUUAUCUCGGCAAUACAAGCGCGAACCAACUGGCAGAACUCCGGUGGGCUCUGGGUGCCAUUUCUAUUCACGGAGCUUCUUUGGAAAAGAACGCCGCUAUCGAGCGGGUCUUAUCGAACUGGUAUCUCACCAAGUUGGUCAUGGGCGUCUGUCGAAUGUAAAAUAUGGCGGUUAUCCGUCCCAAUCCUUAAGCGUUUCGUCGAGGUUGACGUGGAAGAUGGAGACGUGGAGUGUCUUAAAAAUAGGAAUGUUUCGUCUGGUGGGAGACCAAUCGCCCUUCGAGUUUCUGGCACUCCAAUGGAACUCCGUAAAGUUGAGUACGACUUUGAAAGUGAAUAUGGACGAGUUCAGGGGAAACAUUGCACAUUCCAAGUCCUCCCGAGCAUCAGUUUGGACCACGGUUGUUGGAUACCUGACAUAGGUCCUGAUGACAAUUACCCGAGCUAUUUUCUACCCUUCGCACAACUGGAGUACGGUGAUAUUGUUGGGCUGGGUUUGUCGAGAGUAGAUCCACUCUCACUGGUGUUCAAGCGAGAGGGCUACAUGAGAAUUUCCUAUCCGAAGAAAGGAGUUAAGCAGAUCCUUCAUUUCCUGAAUAAACAAACAAAAAUCACAAGUUAUAUUGUGUAGGCGUAGCAUCACAGGAUCACAUUUAUCUUUCAGUCCACCUGGCUAUUUUUUUUGCGCAGUAGUUCGUGCGAA